CAGAGAUACAACCAUGGCACCUACAGUCACUGCAGCAAUGAACUAUUCCAACGAGCACCUGACUCUGGCUAACAAGCUGAGAAAGCCAGUGGUUGAAAAGAUGCGCAGAGAUCGAAUCAACAGCAGCAUCGAGCAGCUCAAGUCUCUCCUGGGCCCAGAGUUCUGCGGCCAGAAUUCCAACUCCAAGCAGGAGAAAGCCGACAUCCUGGAGAUGACAGUUUGCUUCCUGAGACGGCAGCACCAGCACCAGUCAGCGAACAGCACAUCCUGCUCUUCAGCUGUCAGUGAGGGCUACUCCAGGUGUGCGCAAGAGAUUGUCAGCUUCCUGUCUCGCUGUGAAGUGAAGACACCAUCCCAGAGAAGACUGCUGAACCAUUUCCAGAACCCUCAGCCAUCCUCUGACAAGAGCAAGAUUCAGUUUGCAGUGCCUCAGCUGAGCUCUCCAGCACACAACACCAGCGGCAAAGAGAAGACUCCAGCCAGCAGCCCCCUCUGGAGGCCCUGGUAGAGUCCUGCAGACUGUGUCACAAUUGUCAGACCAACAGAAUUGAACAUGCCACUCUACAUGAGAUUGGCAUUGCCUGCAAUUCUCACUAUGUAGGAAGAGUUCUUCUUUAAAUUAUUGUUUUCAUUGUAAGAAAGCAUCUUUACUGGAAGUUAAUCAGUUAAAAUAGAUUACUUCUAUUUUCAUUAGUUGGUUAUAAUAACCUUUUUAUUUUUUUCAGUGAAGUUAUUGAAUUUUUAUUUCUUAUAACUUGUAGGAGGUUUAAUGCUAUGCUUUCUUAAAGAGAAAGGCCAAAAAGACUGAAUGACUAUUGCCAAUAAUUGGUGAAUAUUUAAUAUCUUAACUAUUUCUUGUUAAAUAAGAAAUGUUCGUUAAAUGGAAAACUUCCAUAUUUUUAUUGUUACUGAAAAAUAUGCAACCGAUGUUUUGUCUUCUGUUGAGACUCAAUAUGUGAAUGAGAUGAACCCUUAUCCCAACAGGAUAUCAUCUUAAAGUGUUGAUGUUGAUUGUAUCUGUGGAAAAAUGCUUCUGUGAAUGCAAUUAUAUAGGCCAUUCUGUAUGUAACCUAUAUGUACUCAUUUUGUUGUAUGUGAAAAAAGAACUUCAGUGAAGGCAAAAUUUGAUGUUGUCGCAUAAGAAAUGUUUAUGCAAAAUAAUAAUUCCAUAUUUGGAGCUUGAGUACUGGCAUAAAUGCCUGUUAAGAUUCCCGUUAAGGAAGUUUUCUGGGUUUUUUUUUAGGAUUUAAAAAUUGUGCUUUAAAAAUGAAUACUCAUUACUGAGUGAGAAUUGUUAAAGUGUUGAAACUUUACACCCUCUUUUGUCUUUUACAAAGAUUCUUAUAAAAUGUACAGCUUCACUGUGAGCUGUCUUGUGUUUUGAAGAGGUCUUCAAACAAUGAUAUGUUUCACUCUAAGAGUGAUUUCCAUGAAUGAAUAAAUUAAGAGAAAAUGUA